AUGGACAAGCCAAAAAUCGUAGAGAGCCCCAAAAACGUAACCGCCUUAACACACGAGAACGUAACGCUAUCAUGCUCCGCCAGUGGUCACCCCAAACCAAUCAUAACGUGGCAGAAAAAGGAAGGAACAAAUUGGCAGAACCUGUCAGGUCAGCACAGGGUCCUACAGCGGGGCAGCCUCGUCCUCAUCAAUGUCACCUUCAGUGUCGAGGGUUUCUACAGAUGCACUGCAAGUAAUCACGUCAAGUCAGUUCUUUCUGAGAGUGCCUAUGUCACAGUGCAAGAGAAACUGUACUUUGUGAGACCGUUGAGGAACAGGACAGUCUCAAGUGGCACCGAUGUGGUGUUGGUUUGUUACGUCACUGGUACACCUCAACCAACUCUAACCUGGUUCAAAAAUAAUAAACAGCUGUACGAUGGUGGAGAUGGUAGUGGCCAACCCAUUUCGACCAACACGUACCGGUUCACUGCCACAGAAACAGGCUUGUAUAAUUGCACGGCAAGCAACAAGAUUUCCAGCAUAUCCACCUCUGCUUUCAUCACUGUUGAUGUUCAAGGACUGUAUUACGAUUGUGAUGCAUUACCAUCAUCGAAUGUAGAUGAUGGUUUGGGCGUCAAAUUUGAUGACAAGCACACUAGACCAACAUGCCUUAGUUUAGAUAACUUUGAUGAUGAGGAUUCAGUUGAGAAAGAUGAUCAGAGUUCUAUGUCUCAACGUGCUCUUCAGAAAGAUCCGUUAAAAAUGAACAACCCCUGGACUUCACCUUCACCAUCUGCUACCGACGGCAUCAACAACUACAACAACAAGGAUGACGAACUCAUCCAUCAAGAAUCGAACGCUGGGGAAGAAGAUUCAACUGGAGCACUCAUCGGUGGCAUCGUUGGUGCUAUCAUCGCCAUCGUCAUUAUUGUAAUUGUCUUUGCUGUCUUUUUUUUCAAGUGGCGUGAAAGAAAAUGUCGAUUACCAAUAAUGUCAACGGGUCAAAUUACAAUUCCAAACGCUGACAACAGUGACAUCAUGCUGCGUCCACUUACGGCAGCGAAUGCGAGUGAAUCAUUGACUGCUCUCCAACAAGCUCAAUCAUCUUUGCAGCUGCAACAACAACCAUUUCAACAGCAGAGUAACAGCGCUGCUAACAAUAAUAGUCAUUUAGGCUCUUAUCAACUCGAUAGAAAUUCAGUUGUAUAUGAAAGUGAUAUCGCUGUCGGCGCUUUUGGUCCAGUUUUUAAAGCUAGACUUAAAGGCAAAACGAAUAUUAAAAUUGAAAACGAACUUAAACCGAAUACAGCUAGUAGCUCAGCUACGGCAGCAUUACUUGAGUUAGGUUUUAGUGGUUCUGGAGGAACAGCCACUGGUGCAUCAGGUGAAAUGGAAUCAGACAAAAAUUUUGUUGCAGUAAAAGUUCUAAGAGAAGGUUGUUCGGAAGCCGUUAAACAAGAAUUUGCUAGACAGACUUCACUAAUUGCACGCCUCAGCCACACUAAUGUAAUCAAAUUGGUUGGCGUUUGUUUUCUAGGAAGUCCAUUAAGUAUCGUCGUGGAAUAUAUGGCUCAUAGAGACCUUCAUUCCUACUUACCAGUUCUAAAACCAGCCCAUUACUUCCAUUCGGAAAGAUUUUAUUCCAGACAACUAAGCAUCGCCCGCCAGCUGGCAAGCGUUCUGGAACAUUUAAAACGCCGCCGUUUCUUGCACAGGGAUUUGGCCGCCCGCAAUUUUCUAGUCAGUGCCGAAAAUUUACCAGACGGUUCACCUUUGGUGAAGCUGGCUGAUUUUGGCCUAGCAGUCGAGUUACCAAGUAAUUUGGAUUAUUAUGAAGGCAUGGAAGCAGAACCUAUCGCUGUCAGGUGGACUGCUCCAGAAGCCAUUCAACAUGGUUACUAUUCAUUUGCAUCAGAUGUCUGGUCUUUUGGGGUUCUACUUUGGGAAGUGUUGAGCUACGGCGCUCAUCCAUUUGAUCAUAUUAAACAACUAGAUGAGGUGUCUAAAUAUGUUCGGAAUGGUGGCCGACUUGACAAUCCAUGCCCUGAACAUCCUGAAAUUGGAGAACUUAUGCGACAGUGCUGGCUGAAAGAACAUGACAAAAGAUGUAGUGCGUACUAUCUAAGCAAGUCAUUUGAUCACCUGAUAGAUCAGGCCAGAAAUUCCAAUUGCUGAUCGAAGGCGAAAAUUAUUUUGCAUCCCAAUUUCUUUAGUUAAUUUUUUACAUGUUUUUAUCUUUCUUUGCCUAUCUGCUUGUAUUGUUCUUUUGUAGGAUGUAAUUUUCAUUUUGAUAUAAAAUCAUUGAUAUGCCCCCUUUGUUUGUGCUUAACUUUAAUUAUUUCAUUUGUCCGCCUCUCUAGUUCUCUUUGCUUUUGCAUGCAUGUUAUGGGACAAUGUAUUGUUGAUAGUUGUAUGUAAAUCUGUCUUCAGCAGGAAUGUUACGCAGUUACGACAUGUGUCAUGGCAUUCAUUUCGUAUUUUUUUACUUUCUCUGACUAUUUUAAGUCUUUAUAUUCUUUACAUAAUAUACUUUUUAUUUUUACACAAUUUGUUUUGAAAAAUAUUAACAGAAAAUUAAUAAUAAAUGAAAAUUCUUGAUAGUAGAAAUAGUUUUCAAUUUAUUAAUAAAAU